AUGUCGAUGUGGAGAUCCAUCCCGUCACCGGCUGUCCAGCGGCGUGCAGAGACGAACCACGUCACGACGGUGCCGACGCAAGGUUCCAUCCGACCUUCCAUCCAGCGGAAUCCGCAAACCCUGUGCACACGGCACAGCGCACAGGGUCCCCUCACCUGCUUUUGCCCGCCGGUCGAGACGGUUGCCCGGGGUGUGGCCGCUGAGCAGAGCCCAGCUACGUGGAGCCACAGGUGAGAUUUGAGUGCCAGCAAGUGAACGCUAGGCGCAGUCUCACCUGCAAGCAAGUGAGCGACCACCACGACCAUCACGUCAACCCACUGCUGACACCCCUACACACGCUCACCAUCUUCAUUUCAGCAAUGAGCUAGCUCAACGGCUAGACAACCUUCCUAUCGCUGCCGACGCCGCCGCUGCCGAGGACGCCGCCGUGGAGAACCGCUGGUGUCAACUGCGAGACACGGUCCAGUCGACGGCGCACGCCCUCCUCCGUCGCGCUCCCUGCCAACACCAGGACUGGUUCGACGACAACGACGCUGCCAUCAGAAAUCUGCUUGCUGAGAAGAACCGCCUACACAAAGCCUACGUAGAUCACCCCACUGAUGCCACCAAAGCUGCCUUCUACCGCAGUCGCCGCCAACUUCAGCAACGACUGCGCAAGAUGCAGGACGCCUGGACUGCUCGCAAAGCUGAGGAAAUCCAAGGCUACGCGGAUCGCAACGAAUGGAAGAACUUCUUCUCUGCGAUCAAAGCUGUCUACGGUCCGGCGACGAAGGGCACUGCUCCUCUCCUCAGCGCCGACGGUAGCACUCUCCUGACUGAGAAGACGCAAAUCCUACAGCGAUGGGCCGAGCAUUUCCGAGGCGUCCUCAACCACCCCUCCGUCAUCUCCGACGCCGCCAUCGAUCGUUUGCCGCAAGUGGAGACCAACGUGGACCUCGACCUCCCGCCAUCUCUCCAGGAGACCAUCAGGGCCGUGCAGCAGCCCUCUAGCGGGAAAGCAUCCGGACCGGACCCAAUCCCUGCUGAGGUCUACAAGCACGGAGGUUCCCAACUGAUGGAUCACCUGACUGCGCUCUUCCAGAUGUGGCGUCAAGGUGAAGUCCCGCAAGAUUUCAAAGACGCAACCAUCGUGCAUCUCUACAAGCGCAAAGGGAAUUGCCAAGUCUGCGUCAAUCACCGCGGCCUCUCCCUGCUGAACAUCGCCGGGAAGAUCUUCGUUCGCAUCCUCCUCAAUCGUCUGAAUAAUCAUCUGGAACAGGGCCUUCUGCCGGAAAGCCAAUGCGGCUUCCGUCGUCAUCGCGGGACCACGGAUAUGAUCUUCGCCGCCCGUCAACUUCAGGAGAAGUGCCAGGAGAUGCGGACCCACCUGUACUCUACCUUCGUGGACCUGACCAAAGCCUUCGACACGGUGAAUCGUGAAGGAAUGUGGAAGAUCAUGCAGAAAUUCGGCUGUCCGGAGCGAUUCAUUCAGAUGGUGCGUCAGCUGCACGACGGUCACGAGUCACGGGCGCGAGUCACGGACAACGGAGCUGUCUCAGAGGUAUUCGCAGUGACCAAUGGAGUGAAGCAGGGCUGCGUACCAGCGCCUACCCCCUUCAGUCUUAUGUUCUCUGCCAUGCUGAUGGACGCCUACCGCGACGAACGCCGGGGGAUCCGCAUCGCCUACAGGACGGACGGUCACCUGCUGAAUCAACGGCGGAUGCACUUCCAAUCGCGCGUAUCCACAACCACCGUUCACGAACUGCUCUUCGCCGACGACUGCUCCCUAAACACCACCUCGGAAGAGGAGAUGCAACGGAGCAUGGACCUGUUCUCCGCCGCCUGCGAGAACUUCGGUCUGGUCAUUAACACGCAGAAGACGGUGGUGAUGCACCAACCACCACCCAAUUCAGCCACAGCCCCCAACGCGCCGCCGCAAAUCAGCGUGAACGGAACCCAACUGCAAGUGGUGGAGAACUUCCCGUACCUGGGCAAUACUCUCUCCCUCAACACCAAGAUCGACGAUGAAGUCGCCAACAGGAUCUCGAAAGCCAGUCAAGCCUUUGGUCGCCUCCAAAGCACAGUUUGGAAGCGCCACGGUCUUCAACUGAGCACGAAGCUAAAGAUGUACAAGGCCGUCAUCCUGCCGACACUACUGUAUGGAGCGGAGACUUGGACGGUGUACGCAAAGCAGGCACGUCGUCUGAACCACUUCCACCUCAGUUGUCUUCGUCGCAUCCUGAGGCUGAACUGGCAGGAUCGAAUCCUCGACACUGAUGUGCUGGAACGAACGGGAAUCCUCAGCAUCUCCACCAUGUUGAGACAAAUGCAGCUGCGCUGGAGCGGCCACCUGGUGCGCAUGGACGACGAGCGAUUACCCAAACGACUCUUCUACGGAGACGUCGCGACGGGUUCUCGCCGUCAAGGAGGCUAG